CUUUUGCGCAUGCGCCGAUAUCAUCGAGUAGGCUGACAGCGCGAGAGACAAAGUAGUUACUCCUUAGCCUUUUAUUUCAGCACCUUAAAUCACAGUCUUUACGGUCUUCUGUUUGACUCCUUGGAUGGUUCGUUGACUUUUUCGUCUUUGGAGUCUUUAACAGGAAACAAUGCCGCGCGGUGGAAAAAAGGGCCACAAGGGCCGAGGGAAGCAGUUCAGCAACCCGGAGGAGAUCGACCGACAGAUGAGACUCCAGAGAGAGAAGGAGGAGAGCGGCGGAGCGGAGAAGGAGAGCUCAGAGUCAGAGGAGGAGAGCAGCAGUGAAGACGAGUCUGAGUCUAGGAAGAGGAGCGGCGUGGAGGGCCUCAUAGAAAUCGAGAAUCCAAACCGAGUUUCUCAGAAGAGCAAAAAGGUGACAGAGGUGGACGUGAGCACGCCCAAAGAGCUGAGCCGCAGGGAGAGAGAGGAGAUCGAGAAGCAGAAAUCAGCAGAACGCUACAGGAAGCUCCACCUGGAGGGGAAGACAGAGCAGGCCAGGGCCGACCUGGCCCGGCUGGCCAUCAUCAAGAAGCAGAGGGAGGAGGCCGCCAGGAAGAGAGCUGAAGAGGCCCAAGCUAAGCGUUAGCGCCUCACCUGGAGCGUCACACAUUUCAGUCUCAGGGGAACGGAGGAAGUGGACGGACAGCCAGCGUCUCCUGAACGUCCCUGUCCUCC